UAUCAGAUCAGCAGUGGCAACCACGUCUGGAGAGCAGCAGGGUUCUGCAGAGUGUGGGCCUCCCACGAGGACUGAAUCUGAAGGAAAGAGCCAAAGGACCUCACUGUCUGGGCAUAGUCUCUUGCCUUAAAGACGUGGGACCCAGGGAUCACGGGGAAGCUUCUGGGACAAGCUAUUGAUCAAGGCCUUUGAGUCUUCAUCUCUGUGACCGGCACGUGCCUGUCCUGUCUGUGUUCCCAAGGAAACUCAGCAUGGAUCCUACUGAGACCAGCCAGGGCCUCCACCUCCCUGACAGCUCUCAGUCCCAAAGGGAGGCAAGGGGUGUGGUGGGAGUCCAGGUCCCCAUAUCUGAGGCGGGGGAGGAGGAGGCCACUGCCACCACAUCACGGGGGGUGUCCCUUGGAGGAAUGCUGAGUUCUCCCCACAGUGCUCAGAGAGCCUCCUCUUCUCCCACUGCCGUGGGCUUCAUUGCAGUGGCACCAUCUGCUCAGGCCUCUGGCAAUCAAGCUAGCCAUGUGGCUAACCCCGAGCCUCCACCGCAGAAUGGGCUCAGUAGCAUGGUCGUGGAUUUGGUUCUCUUCCUGCUCCUCAAGUACAGGAGGAAGGAGAUAACAACUAGGGCAGAAAUUCUGCACAUGGUCAUCGGAGAUUAUGAGGCACACUAUUCCAUGAUCCUUAAGAAGGCCGCUGACUGCAUGCGGCUGAUGUUUGGCCUUGAGAUAAUAGAAAAUAACCCCCUUGAGCACACCCCUGUCCACUCCUACUCUCUUGUCCAUGCUCUGGGGAUCACCUAUGAUGGGAUGCAGCAUGGUUUCCCAGGCAUACCCAAGACAGGCCUGGUAAUAGUCAUACUGUGCAUCAUCUUCAUAGAGGACGAUUGUGUCAGUGAGGAGGUGUUGUGGAGUAUAUUGAAUAGGAUGGGGCUCUAUGCCGGGAGGGAUCAUUUCAUGUGUGGGGAGCCCAGGAGACUCAUCACUGAGCAUUUUGUGCAGGAAGGGUAUCUGGAGUACAGGAGGGUGCCAGACAGUGAUCCUCCCAGCCAUGAGUUCCUGUGGGGCCCAAGAGCCCAUGCUGAAACCACCAAGGUGGAAGUCUUGAAGUUUUUUGCCAGUGUUGUUAAGCAGGAUCCCAUAUCCUAUGUUUUCCCUAUGCAGAGAGAUGAGAUUGAGAAGUCUGAGGCCAUGAUCCCCCAAACAGUGACACUCCUGCCUGACCAGCACACAUUCUAG